CAAAAACAAAAUGAAAAUUCUAAAAACACUUUCCUUUAUUUCCUAUUUUCUAUUAUUAUGUUUUAUUCAAAGUACCACUGCGAUUAGAACAUACACUAAACAGGAUUUGAAUAGGCUCAGGGAUGAAGUCAAAGAAAUGUUUUAUCAUUCGUACGACAGUUACCUAAAAUACGCCUAUCCUUACGACGAACUCCGACCUAUAAGUUGUGAUGGUAUCGAUACCUAUGGAAGCUACUCGUUAACACUAAUAGAUGCCUUAGACACAUUAGCAAUAAUGGGUAAUUAUACCGAAUUCCAAAGAGUGGUAGAUAUCCUAUCGACAAAGACUGAUUUCGAUGCCAACAUCAACGUUUCAGUGUUCGAGACUAAUAUAAGAAUUAUUGGAGGGCUAUUAAGUGCACAUUUAUUGUCCAGCAAAGUGGGGAUAAAAUUAGAGCCAGGAUUCCCUUGCAAUGGCCCCCUUUUGAGAUUAGCCGAAGACGUAGCCAAACGACUGAUAGUAGCAUUCGAUACGAAAACUGGCAUGCCUUACGGCACUGUGAACCUAAGACAUGGAGUUCCGAAAGGUGAAACUCCUGUAACUUGUACUGCGGGCAUAGGCACUUUUAUAGUAGAAUUUGGAACGCUAAGCAGGCUUACUGGAGACCCGAUCUACGAAGAAGUUGCUAUGAAUGCUUUGUAUGCUCUAUUCAAUCAUAAAUCCCCUAUAGGACUUUUUGGCAAUCACAUCGAUACCGAUACUGGAAGAUGGACUGCUCAAGAUGCAGGGAUUGGUUCCGGAGUAGACUCGUAUUUUGAAUAUUUAGUCAAAGGAUCAAUUUUAUUACAAAGGCCUGAGCUAAUGGAAAUGUUCUAUGAAGCCAGAAAAGCCAUUGAUAAACAUUUAAAAAAAGACGAUUGGUACAUGUGGGUUUCAAUGACUAAAGGCCAAGUAACCUUGCCAGUAUUUCAGUCAUUAGAAUCCUAUUGGCCAGGAGUUUUAAGCCUUAUAGGUGAAACCUCAAGUGCGAUGCGUACUUUGCACAAUUACCACCAAGUCUGGCAACAGUACGGUUUCACUCCAGAAUUCUACUAUAUAACUCAAAAUGAAGCAGGAGCUGGCAAGGAAAGUUACCCUUUAAGGCCUGAGCUCAUUGAAUCAAUCAUGUACUUAUACAGAUCAACAAGAGAUCCGUUUCUAUUAGAAGCAGGAGAAGAUAUUUUGAGAAGCAUCAAGCAUAGUGCUAGAACACCUUGUGGCUAUGCUACCAUCAAAGACGUACGAGACCACAGAAAAGAAGACCGCAUGGAAUCGUUUUUCUUGUCAGAGACUACAAAAUAUUUAUAUUUGUUGUUUGACACUGAUAAUUUUAUUCAUAACCAAGGGCAGCAUGGUACUUUAAUAAACACCCCCAAUGGGGAGUGUGUAAUUGACGCAGGAGGCUACAUUUUCAAUACCGAAGCACACCCCAUUGAUCCAAGUGCUUUGCAUUGUUGCCACAACAUGCCCAAUUACAAUUUGUUUGAUUUCAAAGAGUUUCAAGCUAAUGAAGAGUUUUAUCGGGGGGUCAAUAUCAACAAGAAAGUUAAAAAAGUUGUUCAGGAAGUUGAAAAAGAGAUUAUUAUUGAAGAUGAUGAAUUAUUAAGUGGUAAUGCUACUGUUGUAUUGACUGAUAGCCAAGGGGUAGUUUUGAUGAAUAACUCUGUGAUAGAGGAAAAGGAAUCUACCACAGAAGUGUUCGAAGAGAAAAGACAAGGCAAGCUUUUUGAUCCGCAACAAAUGCUGGAAAGAUUCAGGAGGGAGAAUAAAUAUCCCAAAAACGAGAGUUGGGAGAAUAAUUAUGAACUUUUAAGUUGUAGGGCCCAGAAAUUUUUACAACGAAUAUCAAUUAUGGGGGAAUUUUUCAAUUAAUACAUUCCAAUUUGUUUUCUUUUUAUUGUUGACUGUUAUAUUUAUCUAGUGCCUAAAAGCUUAAAAUUAAUUAUUAAUAAAACCAGUAUUUUUUUUAAUAGAUAAUAUAUUAUUUUAGAUAAUACAGUAUAAAAUUUGAUACAUAAGUAAAUUUAUGAUUUAGAUACCAAACAUAAAAUUGAGCCAUCCUAGUUGUAGUCAACGAUUCUAAUUCAUCCCAUACUUAAAAAUUGACAAAAUUAAAUUAAAGUAUCACUGUUAAUUUUAUAACGUGACUAAUCUAACUUUAUAAAAUACAUAAAUCGGAACAGUCACUGUGAUAAAGAAUGAAGUAAAAGAGUUUUUUCCGGGCUAUAAUGCUGUGGUCUAGUGAUAUGUUAGGUAGAAAUAUCACUAGACCACGGCAUUACAAUUCUUUCACUAGUCAUUGUGAUACUUAUAUUAUCACAGUCUAGCCAGCAAAGAAAAGACACAACGUGCCACCAUAAAUUACAAUUUAUUGUUUAACUUCCAUCUUAUCAGCUUCUUUUUCCAUUUGCUUAUUCAAAUUGAUGCUCUUCAAGAACCCGUGAAUCUCAGCAACGUACUCUUUUGGAUAUUUCCUGUAAUGGCCUACAUGUGGUACUCCCUUGUGGAUUUCAGUUACAUCAGCUGCACUGUCCCACACUUGCCCAACCAUCCUAUCCAAAAUAUGCUGGUACCUGUCCAUGUCGUGGGCCAUUUGUACCAUGACCUCUCCCCAUAGAUAACCGCCUACGGAGAAACCGUAGAGGAUCGUUGGAGAAUAGGAUUUAUUCUCGUCUAGGAAUUUGAGAA